AUGAUGGGCGGCGACCUGUACGCCCUUGACUUCGACGGCGUCUUAUGCGACAGCUGCGGGGAGAGCUCCCUCUCGGCCGUCAAGGCUGCGAAGGUGAGGUGGCCGUCGCUGUUUGAGCAGGUGGAUGCCGCCAUGGAGGAGUGGAUAGUGGAGCAGAUGUACACCGUUGCAGAUGGGCUUAGCAUCCAAGAAAUAUUGGAGAACUGGUUAAAACUGAAGCCCAUUCUCAUGGAUGAGUGGCAAGAAGAUAGAGAAUCUCUUGUAGAUCUCUUUGGCCAUGUAAGAGAUGACUGGAUUGAAAAUGAUUUUUCUGGCUGGAUAGGCGCUAACAGGUUUUAUCCUGGGACAGCUGAUGCAUUGAAGCUUUCAAGCUCUGAAGCUUACAUAGUCACAACAAAACAGAGUAGAUUUGCUGAAGCGCUGCUCAAACAAUUGGCUGGAAUAGAUUUUCCCUCUGAAAGGAUAUAUGGCCUUGGCACUGGUCCGAAGGUUAAAGUUCUCCAGCAGCUGCAGCAAAUGCCACAGCACCAAGGCCUAAAACUUCAUUUCAUCGAGGACCGACUUGCAACUCUGAAGAAUGUGAUCAAAGAACCAGCGCUGGACAAAUGGAACCUCUACCUGGUGACAUGGGGAUACAACACACAGAAAGAGAGGGAAGAAGCAGAGGCUAUACCAAGGGUCCAACUCAUUGAUCUCCCAGAUUUCAGUAGGCAGCUCAAAUAG